AUGGCUAAGGAAGUCGAGACAUGUUUAAAUGCUUGGGAGUUGAAUCGUGCCUUUAGCAUAACAGUAGAUAAUGCAUCGUCUAAUGACGUCGAAAUUAAAUUUAUGAAGAAAUGGAUAAAUGCAAGGAAUUAUUUGCUCUUGAACGAAGAAUAUAUCCAUAUGCGGUGUUGUGCACAUAUCUUGAGUUUGAUUGUAAAGGAAGGUUUAAAAGAUGAGGACAUUUCUAUCACAAGAAUCCGGAAAGCAGUCAAGUAUGUGAGACUGUCUCCUUCAAGAUUGGCAAGGUUUAAGGGAUGUGUUGAAAGGGAGAAAAUUUCUUAUAAAGGUCUCAUAUGUCUAGAUGUGGAAACUAGAUGGAAUUCUACAUACUUGAUGUUAGUAACGGUUGUGAAGUAUCAAAAAGCCUUUGAUUUGUUAGAAACUGUCGAUGCUAAGUAUGUCAAAGAACUAUCUAGGGAUAAAGGCCUUGAAGUACCUCUAUCUAAGGAUUGGGACUUUGCUAAUACGGUGCUUCCCUUUUUGAAAAUUUUCUAUGACUCUACUAUGCAUAUUUCCGGCUCUUCAUAUGUUACUAGUAACAUAUAUAUGAAGGACGUAUUUCCUAUUGGAAGGAAGAUUCGAUUAUUAAGUGAGCACAAUGAUGCAAGCAUAAAGUCGAUGGGGAUUAGUAUGAAGAGUAAAUAUGACAAGUAUUGGGGCAACGUUGAUGGAAUAAACGUGCUGUUACUCAUUGUUGUUGUAUUGGACCCAACUUGCAAAUUUGGAUAUGUAAACUACUUUCUUGAUUAUUUUUUUGAUGUAGAUGGUGAGGCAUUGAAGACGAAAUUGUCAUCUUCCUUGAAAUCAAUUUAUCGAGAAUAUGAAGGUUGGGAGGAAGGUUCUCAAAGUAUAGGAGAAUCACAACCAGAGGAAGAUGAUAAUGAUAUACAUGGUAUGAGCUUCUACAAAAAAUCAACAGGGCAAAGAAUUAAUCCUAAGUCUGAACUUGAUAAAUACCUUGCUGAAGAGUGUGAACCUUAUUUUGUCGAAUUUGACAUUCUGAAUUGGUGGAAAGUCAACUCAACUAGAUUCCCCAUCCUUUCAAGUGUUGCUCGUGACGUGUUGGCCAUUCCUGUGUCUACUGUAGCAUCAGAGUCUGCUUUCAGCACUGGAGGAAGGGUAUUGGAUCCUCAUCGUAGUAAUCUUACACCUUCGAUAGUGGAAGUACUCGUUUGCACUCAAGAUUGGCUGAAAGGAUCUCCUUUCUCAAAUCUAUUUGAUGAGGACCUUAAAGAACUUGAAACCUUUGAGAAAGAGAUCAUUUCUCCAACGCUCUACGCAACAACAUCUGCUAGUGUCAUUAGUCUUGAUGAUUAA